UUCUUUCAGGCAUUUAAGAAGCUGAUAAAGAAAAUAAUGGGAUGGAAGAGACAAGGCAGGUGGAACAGCAUAGCAUCACCUAACAGCUACCGUAAAGAGAAACUUCUUGCGCUCUUCAGCACCUACAGUAAAACGGAAAACAUUUUUGUUUUCCUCAGAUUAGUAGUAGCUAUCCAGAUCUGCUCGCACGGGGACGAGUAUGGACAGCUUAUCACUGGGCUCAGCCAACAUUACACUCUGAAGGAUUGGUGCUUUUCGUGCGUCACCCCAGCUCGUGAGUUUACGGACCAUAUUAUGAUGGCGGCCUUGGCCAGAGCGCUUGAGGUACCCCUCAGACUGGAGCGGCUCCAUGGAGUAGGAUCUGAUGAAGAUAAUAUCUACACUGGGCCUGGAGAUGUGAGUGUGACUUUGCUGUACACGGGUAAUCACUACGACAUAAUCUACCCACGCCCUGUGCUGGUAGAACAUCCUGCUGAUUAGAGUUCAAGUCAACAGAAAAUACUAUUUCCUUAUAGCUUCUCCAUUCAAGUUGACGCUGCAAAAUUUGAUAUCAUGGACCCAUUAGACAAAGAUUGUAAGAACUUACGGGAUAUGGUGCAGAGGUAAUUUCAAU